AUGUCUAGCCGUGCUGUCCAGCAAGUGCAUUUGCGCAAGAUUCCACCAGGUUCAUAUUACGCCUCGAUCGCGAAAUGGUACCCUGUCAUGCAAAAAUAUGAGAACAACGAACCUGCCUACUUUACCACACCACCAACUCAACUCAUCCGCGCUCUACACGCUACUCUAAGCCAGAUCACAGCUCGACCUAUUGCUGAGCGCAUUGCCAUUCACGGCAGGCUUCUGACAAGAUUAAGGCUGCUGUCACUCGGCCUGGUCUGA